AUGUCUACUCCUACAUUCAACUCAAAUGACUCAUCGCCACACUCUUCGCCAUUGUCAUCCAAACACUUAAACAACAACUACCAUAAUAAUAAUAAUCAUAAUCACGGUAUUGGCAAUGGUAGUGGCAGCGGCAAUGUCAACGGCAAUGGACACCAUCCUAAUAAGUUGUUCGUUGGUGGAAUUAGUUGGAGGGCCGACGAAGCUGGCCUGACCAAGUACUUCUCCACAUUUGGCCCCGUUAUCGAAUGUAAAAUAAUAAUAGACAGGAGUACGCUCAAGUCCAAAGGUUAUGGAUUCGUCACAUUCGAGAAGGAAGACAGUGUUGCCAAAGUCAAGAGUGCUUCAAACCUUACCUACAUGGGGAAGAAUAUGAACGUUGGCGACGCAAUGAGAAAGUCCGAACUAGUGUCUAUGAACUCUGGCGCCAGUGGUCAGUCGAGUAAUGGCCAACAGCACAUUUCGAAUGUGGUGGCGCAGCAUGCUGGAGAAGAGCCUAUGCCAAUGUAUCUUAGCGACGAGGAGGUGCCUUCCAACGAGAUGUUGGAGCCACCCUCAAUGCCUUAUGGCCAACCAGGUGGUGGUGGCUACUACGUAUUCUACGACGUCAAUGGCAAUGUAUACUUCCAACAGAUGACACCGCCAUUUCAAAUCUUCACCACGGUACCCUACCACUACCAUCAUCAGACACCACAGCAGCCGCAGCCACACCAACAGCAGCAGCAGCAUUCUCAACAGCAGUAUCUACCGCCUCCUCAAUAUUAUCCACAGCAGCUACCACCACAACAGCAGCAGCCACAUCAGCACUAUUCAGUACCCAACAAUAACAACAAUAAUAGUUGGGGGCGUGCCAACCAGACGGUGCCAUCAUACAUACGUUCACCAGCGCCACAACAAGACCCACAACUGGCCAACAAUGGCAUCAGCGUAGCACAUCGACCACCACCAACAACAAGCAGUAGCGGCAAUCAAACAAAGAGUACGAUGAAGCAACAACAACAGUAUCACCAAUCACCUGACCACUCUCCAACCAGCACCAACUAG